UUCCUAUCUCACGGGGCGAGAAGGCAGUUUUAGGCUGAGGCUAGAGGCAGUGGAUCCCCAAACGUUCCCACGUAUCGAGAAGCCAGCGGGGAUGAUGGCGAAGAAGCCCCCCAAGGCGGCCCCUCGGCGGAUUUUCCAGGAGAGAAUGAGGAUCACAUCCCUGCCCUUGUACUUCGAAGGCUAUUUGUUAGUGAAGCGGCCAGAGCACCAGGAAUUUAAACACUACUGGACAGAGCUGAGAGGAACUACCCUUUUUUUUUACAUCGACAAAAAAAAUCCAACGUACAUUGACAAAUUAGACCUGACAGAUCUCACAUGCCUUACUGAUCAAAAUCCGACUGAGAAGUGCAGUGCAAGGUUCCUGUUGGUACUACCCAAGGAAGAAGUAGAACUGAGGACAGAGAAUACAGAAAGUGGGGAGGAGUGGAGAGGCUUUAUUCUUACAAUUACAGAGUUAUCAGUCCCUCAGCAUGUGUCUCUGCUGCCUGGACAAAUGAUCAGACUGCAUGAAGUCUUAGAGAAAGAAAAGAAAAGAAGAAUUGAGUUGGAAGGACCACCCAAUAUACCUCUGAGAAAAGAAAAGCAACCGAUUGAGGAGUACGUGGAUAUCCUGAAUCCUAUGCCGGCGUGCUUUUAUUCAGUGUCUCGGAAAGAAGCAACUGAAAUGUUAGAAAAGAACCCUUCUUCGGGAAAUAUGAUCCUAAGACCUGGUAGUGACAGUCGGAACUAUUCCAUUACCAUCAGACAGGAGUUAGAUACUCCAAGAAUAAAACACUACAAAGUGGUGAGCGAAGGAGCCAACUACACUAUUGAACUGGAAAAACCAGUGACACUCCCAAACCUCUUCAGUGUCAUUGAUUAUUUUGUGAAGGAAACUCGAGGAAACCUAAGACCGUUUAUAUAUUCCACUGAUGAAAAUCUUGGACAUUCAAAGACAGAUUCACCACUUAAAACGCCCCCCUGGAAGCAAGAGCCUCUUAUGAGACCAGUGAUCAAAAAUGUUUUUAGACCUAAUAUGAAAGAUUACAUGAAUGAUUGUGCAGGCCAAGAAUCCAAUAAAAUGAGAAGAGAGAAAAGAGAAAAUGAAGAAAAAAGUGGAUACUGACUGAAAUAAAAUUAUAAAUCAGCCUGCCUGAUCUUGGAAAAACCUAUUUCAAAAAUUCUACCUAGCAAGAAGAUUCAUGUCUCCUGAUUCUGGGUGACAAAAAAUCACCCCAAAGCACUGUGCUAUUUUCUUGGUAGUUAUCCUUUUAUAAGGAUGAUACAUAUGGUAGUUACAUAGGGUUUCUGGGAGAUGGACAUUUCCACAUGCUUUUUAUAAGCUGACAUUAAUCACUGUAAAUGAAAUUUGAAUUCUCAAUCUGACGGUAGUUCCAAUGCCUUAAUAGACCUUGUUGAAGUUUGAAACUGAACUUUCCAAGUACAAACAUUUUAAUUGACCACAAAGAGAAGCAUUUAAUCAUUAAGGAAAAAACACUUAGAUCACAGUUCCUCAUUUUCAUUAUUUAAAAUAAAUGGGCCUUACCUUUUUUUUUU